AAUCUUUUAGCAAAAUUGAAGGACUUUCUAAAACAUUCUGAAUCGCAUGAAAGGCAUAUUAUUCAGAAAUAUAUAAACCGUUACUCAAAUUUUUCUGUUUUUGUUGGAAUAUCCUAUAUCUUAGCAGCAAUCACUUUUUCCUGUGGUCCUUUAUUUUUAUCGAUAAAUCUUCCCAUGGAAGCAUGGUAUCCGUUUUCUGUUGAGAAUACCUAUAUUAGAGGUAUUCUUUACAUAUUGCAAGUAUUUGCUAUCUUGCAAACAGGAUUUUGUAUUACGGUGGACUUCAUGAUUGCCAUGUUCCUUUGGUAUCCCGCUGCAAGACUAGAAAUGCUAGGACAAGAAUUGCAACAAAUAACACAUGAAAAUCAAAUAAAGAUGUGUAUUAAAAAACAUCAAGAAAUAAUAAG